GAACUGAGCGAAUCCUGAGUGUUCUGAAAUCAUGAAGCUUCUUCUUGCUGUGCUGGUGAUGUUUAUGGUGGUGGAAGCCCAGGCGCAGUGGUAUCGCUUCCCAGGAGAAGCCGCUGGAGGUGCAAAGGACAUGUGGCGUGCCUACCAGCAUAUGAAAGAGGCCAAUUGGAAGAACUCGGACAAGUAUUUCCAUGCACGCGGGAACUAUGAAGCUGCACAGCGGGGUCCUGGGGGCUAUUGGGCAGCCAAAGUUAUCAGUGAUGGACGGGAGGCUCUGCAAGGUCUCAUUCGCAGAGGCAAUUCAGAUGCUGCAGCCGAUCAGGAGGCCAAUCUCUGGGGCCGAAACGGCGGAGACCCCAACAAAUACAGACCUAAAGGCCUGCCCAUAAAGUACUGAGAAGAUGACCCCCAGAAGACUUAAAUCAUCAACUAAAGCAGUAGUUUGCAUGACAAAUAUUAAGCCAUUUCACUCACUUUAUAUAUUGAUGGUUAUUUUCUUCAAAUCUCCAUGUAUGCAAAUAUUACUGUACACCUUUCUUUGACAUAUUUGUUUUAUUCUUAAUAUGUUAUAUUGAAGUUAAAGUGUUGUUAUUUGGUGAAUUUAAUGUUUUUAAGUCUUAAUAAAGAAAACAACAUAA